AUGAAGGGUUUUAGGUGGGAAAAGGGUCCGGGGAGGGGAGGUGGGGCUUUUUUUCCUUUUUCCUUAGGUUUCCCUUCCCGGCGGUGGGCUUUUUUCUUCCCUUUCCCCCAUUGCCUUUCCUUUUCCCGUCCCCCCCGGAUGGGGGGAAAGUGGGGGGAAAUUGUUCUUUUGUUUGGCCCCCCUGUGGUUUUUUCCCCCAGUGAUAAGGGGUUUUAUAAAAUUGGUUUUUUUUUCAAUUUUCCUUUUAUUUCUUUUCUGUAAUCUAGGAAAAUUUUCCCUCAAAUUGGUCAUCCUUUUGGCAAGGAUUUUAAGGAAGUGCAGCCAUUUUUCCCCCCCCUCAUUUUGGGGGGCCCAAUUGUGCAAAAUAGCCUCCCGUUUUCUCUUGAGACCCCCGGUCCCCUACGGGGGGCCUUUUCUCAAUAAAAAGGCUAUCCCUCACUGAUCUGAAACAUAGAAAAACCCUUUCCUUAAUUUUGGGGCCCUUUCACAGGCCCGGGGUUUUCUGCCACGGUGACUCUCUGUUUGGGCCAAAUAACAUUCAAAUUUUUCACUUUUUUAUUGUUUCUUCUUUCCAAUGGGGCCCAAUUAAUUCUCUUUUUUUUUCUCAUGUUUUUGGUUUGGGGUAAAAUUUGUGUUGUUGUCCUGGGGCCUGGGGGGUCUUUUUUGAUUUUUUGAACAAGUCCUAGAAACCAUCUUGCAUAGGGGCCCUCUUCUCAAAUUUUCAUAUCCCCUGUGGGUUUAAGGGAUUUGUUUUUGAAGUUUUGGGGAACCCGCUUCUUUUAAAGGGUGGUUUAAAUUUUAAAAACGGCUUUUUUCCCCUGGAUUCAAAAAUUUAGGGGUUUAGGGGGCCCUAAUUCUGCUCUAAAAUUGCUUUAAAUUUUGGUGUUUUACUUGAAACACAAGGAUUUUUUUUUUGCAGAAUUUUUCAUGCAGUUCUAAAUUUUGGGGUGUUUGUCAUUUUGUGAAAUUUUUGGUUGGUGAGCGGGCCCCAGACCUCACAACCAUAAAAGGGGGAAAGGGUUUUUAUAACUGAUCAACUAUUUUUAGCCAGAUCCUAUUUGGGAGGUUUUAAUUUACUUUCCCUUUUUUUUGGGAAAAGAAAUCCUUCUUUCCUUGUCUCUCAAUCAUUCACUUUUUUGUGGAAGUUACCUGUGGCGCUGAUUUUUAGGGCCCAGGUAUGGGAUAGUUUUUUUUUUUGGGGUGCUCUAGGGGACUAGAUGGAAUUUGUGGGGCCUGGCAACUGGACCUUUUUUUAAAAACCAUUAUUUUGGGGAUUUUUUCUUCGGGGGGCCCCGGUCUCUCCCCUCUCCCCUCUCCCCUGUCAUCUAAUCACUAUCCUCUCUUCUCUCUUUCUUCCCCCCUCUAUCACUCUCCCUCCUCUCCCCCUCCUCUCACCCUCACCUCCCUCCCCCCCUCCUUUUCUCUUCCCCUCUUUUUUUCUCUCUUUCCUCUCUAAUCUCUCUCUCCUUCUAUCUCUCUCUCUCUACUCUCUCUCUCCCCUCUCUCGUUUCCCCCUCAAUCACUAAACCCUCUAUCCGUCUCUUUCCCUUUUCCCCUAUCUCCCUUUCUAUCCUUUUUAUCUCGGGCUCUUCUCUCCUCCCUUUUUUCCCCAUUUCCCCCUCUUUCCCUUUUCUCCUCUCUCCCCCUCUCUAUAUUUUUCCCUUUCCUCUCUCCCUUUUUUUUCUUUUCUCCCCUGCUCUCCCCCCCCCACCCCCCUUCCCCUCCCUCUCUCCUCUACUCUCUACUCUCCCCUCUCCUCUCUAUUCCCCCCCCUCUCCUCCUCUCCCCCUCCUCCUCCUCUCUACUCUCUCUCUCGCCCCCUCCCCUUUAUCUCUCUCUCCCCCUCUCCCUCUCCUCUCUCCUGUCCCCUCUUCUCCUCUCUCUCUCCCCGCCCCUCUCUCCUCUCUUUUCCCCUCUCUCUUCUAUCUCUCUCCUCUCUAUAUCUCUCUCUCCCCCUCUCUAUAUCUCUCUCCUCUCAUGUCCCCUACCUCUUUGCUCCCCUCUCCUCUUUUCUUCAAAUUUCCCUUUUUUUCACACAAUCUUAAAACAUGUUUAGAGCAAAGAAAAUGAAAAAAACAUUCUGGUUUUUGGUGUUUUUCAGAUGUGUGUGUGGGGUGUUUUGGGGUGGGGUUUUACCUCUCCAAACUUUCCAGUUCACCGAGACCCAAUGACCAGGGACCCCAUGUCAAAAAAAACCCUUACCUUUUUAAAGAUUGACUGGGUUUUUGAAUUUCCCAGAUUUAAAAUGUGAAUGUGGGGGUGUGUUUGGGGUGUGUGUGUGUGUGGGGGUGGGGUGUGUGUUGUGUGUUGUGUGUGUGUGUGUGUGUGUGUGGGUGUGUGUGUGUGUGUGUUGUGUGUGUGUGUGUUGUGGUGUGUGUGUUGUCAUGUGUGUGUGUGCUGAAUCGUUUUGCAUUUUUGCAUGAUCUGAUGAGGCAUUCAAUUUGUUUAACAGAAGAAACCACGAAUGCUAGAGAUGUGAUAGUGGUCUGGGUUCACCGGUGGCGAGGGAGUGAGAGUAGAGAGAGUGGAGGAUGUGCGGGGAAUUUGAGAGUGUGAGAGUGGGGACGAGGAGAAAGAAGGAAGGGCGAGGAUGAGGAAAAAUUGUGUAAUGGAGAGAAAGAUGAGAGAUUCACCCCUCGUGCAGAUUACUGCAGGUUCUUUGAGGGUAAGUUGUGAUCUUUUCAGCUCCUGUGCCCUCCCCAAUCUCAUAAAAUUGGGGGGAUCAUACACACCACCACAACAACACACACUGCCCAGUCCCACAGCAAGUUCCCAAACACCUCUCUGCUCCUGAAAGCAGCAGACUGUAUGGGCAUUCUGUACCCUGCUCUCUCCUCUCCUCUCGCUCUCUCCUUCAUCCUCCUCUCCUCUCUGACCAUCGCGUCCGUCUCAGUCUCGGUCCUACAUCAUCUCAGAUCUGCCUCAAUCCUUCCCUCCCCCCCUCGUCUCUCCUCCCUGCUCCUCCCUCUCCUGCUCCCUCCCUCCUCCUCUCCUCUCCCCUCCUCAUUCCUCUCCUUCCUCUCCUCUCUCUCCUCUCCCCCUCGUCCUUCAUCCUCUCGUCCUCUCCUCUUCCUCUCUCAUUCCCCCUCUCUCCUCUAUCUCCCUCCUCUCCUCUCCUCUCCGCUCACUCUCCUCUCCUCUCCUCCUCUCCUCUCCUCUCCUCUCCCUCUCCUCUCCUCUCCUCUCUCCUCUCUCUCCUCUCUCUCCUCCCCUCUCUUCUCCUCUCCUCUAUCUGGUCUAUGCAUAGGAACAUUAAAUGCCAGAUGGAAACAUUGGGCGCUUGUCCAUGUAUCUGAAAACAGCGCUGAAACAUUGUUGAUAUAGCAGAUCAGAAUAGAAACCAUAAUGACACAUUUUUGGGAUGGUCACAGCAUUGACAGGUAUUUCUUUAUGAUACUGAAUUGCACAUUUCCACGGGGCAGAGCUCGUUCCGCUAGGUUCUCAUACAUGCAGCCACAAUGAUUCUCUCUGUCUCUUUCCAGUGGAUUUUUGUGGUUCUUGGUUUCAUCAUUGUCUUCUUUUAUCAUGAAUGAGCCUGGCUUCAGUUUGCGAUUUCCUUCCUUCGGUCAAAGUGCAACUGCAAAUCAAACCACAUCUUAUUCAAUAAGUGGCGUAGAAACUCCUGAGAAUAUUACCCUUCUCCUGUUUUGCCAGAUCAAUGUUUAUCCCCUUCUCUGACAGCCAUUCCAGAAAGCUCUUCACUGCCCAGUUGGUUUGUAUUGAUGUAGCUAGCUUCUUUUUUUUUUUGGGGGGGGGGGGGGGGGUAGAUCAGCUUUAAUAUUUAACAUUUAAGUCAUUUAGCAGACACUCUUAUCCAGAGCGACUUACAGUUAGUGAGUGCAUACAUUUUCAUACUGGCCCCCCGUGGGAAACGAACCCACAACCCUGGCGUUGCAAGCGCCAUUCUCUACCAACUGAGCUACAGGGGACUGCAGAUAGAUUGUAACUUCCAUCAAUGUAAUUGUGUGCAUCACUUCCAAUCCCCCGUAUGUUUUUUUUUCUCGCAAAUAUAUUGUUGGCACCAUUCAUUAAACGUUAGUGGAAAAAACAAAUCAAAAGUAACUUUAAAAUCAUCCAUGAGGAGUUACAGGUGCUAAGCUAAGUAGUUGUAAAAAAAAGUAGUAGUGGUAGUGUGUUGCUAGGUAACGACGUAAACAAUGCCACUUAAUAUGAACGUGGCCAUGUGUAUCUUGUCUCAUGUAUCAUGGGCAGGAGAGGCUCUAUCAUUGGGAAUUCCAAACCACCCGUUGUAUAAUAAGGUGUCAUGACUCUCCCUGGGUGAGGAUCCAAGGCCUCAUAUCAGCAAAGACAAUGGCCGCAGGACCAAGGUCAACUAUGUUGGUCUUCUGGUGGGUGCUGAGGGAAUCCUGCCACAAUCUAGCAGAAUCCAAGCAGUCCGCAACAUCAAAAUGCCUGCAAACCUUCAUGAGGUACGCAGCUUCUUGGGAGUAUGUAAUUGCUACCGUCAAUUCAUCGAAAAUUAUGCCGACUUGUCAAAACCUUCGACCCGUCUUCUUCAGAAAGACACCCCGUUCGUUUGGGAUACCACUCACGACGAAGCUGUGGCUUCUUUGAAAGACCUGAUUUGUGUGGCACCCUGCCUGGUCUACCCCAACAAAGACAAUACGUUAUUUUUGGAAGUAGGGUUCUCAGAGCACUGCCUUAGUGCUGGGUUGUACCAAAAAUACGACCAAGACAGACAUGUGGUUGCUUACGGGAGCAAAACACUCAACCCUGCUGAACACAAGUACUCAGACUGUGAAAAAGUGCUGCUGUCGACAGUCUGGGUGGUCAAGCACUUCACCUCUUAUGUCGGCAGACAAAAGGUGAUCAUAGAAACAUAUCACCAGCCGGUGACUUUUCUGAAAAGCCAAAUAAUCCGUGAGGGUACGCUUCAAUUUCAGCUAGGCAAUAAGACCAGCCAGUUUGCAGAAGUAGCUGGUGUACUUAUCACACUGCAAACUGCAGUAAAGCACGACUUGUCAGAACUGGCAAUCUGCACCGACUCAAACUAUGCCAGACUCACCUUCUAAUGCCACUUGCCGUUUUGGAAGCAAAAGCACAUGACUACUUCAAGUGGCAAAGAAGUGAAAAACAAAGAGCUCAUUCUAGCUUGCGAUGACCUCAUAACCAAACACGACAUAAAGGUGUAUUGGAAUAAAGUCAAGGGACACUCCAAAUCACCUGGUCGUGACAAACUUGGCAACGACCAUGCCGACAGCAUGGCGAAAUCUGGUGCAAUUCACGGCACCCCUUGGGUGUUCGAUGCUCGAGAUGCAAUUAUCACGAGGCACCCAUGGUGUCUGCAGUAACGCCUAGCCAUGUAGCACCACGGGAAUCAUCUUCGCACUAACAUAAUGUGUUGCUAACUCAUUCACUCUUGAAUGGUGAACUGGUAGCAAUGCAACACCAAGAUGAGUCCCUCGCCACUGUCAUGUUUUUUUUUUGUCUGAUCCUAUCAAUCACCCAGUGUCCGAGCUGGCUUUGGCAGGCUCACACGACUUGGCGUUCGCUGUACGCAACUGAACAGCACCUCACACUUGUAGAUGACCUACUGGUUUAUGUUUCAGAAACCGACGCCACACAAAGGUCGGUAGUUCCUAAAACACAGAGGGGGAUAAUGAUAGUUCAUGCCCACUACCCGCCAUGUGGGGGCCAUAGGGGGGUCAAGGCUACAUGUGAAACAUUGCGACAGGAGGCCCACUGGCCUCACAUGGAACAAGACGAGGCAAAAUACGUGAGGGGGUGUCUAGUUUGCUGCCAGUUUCAACCCUCCAAGCCACUUCACAGAGCACCCUUGCAGCACAAGGGUAUGUCUUACCCUUGGAGCUCGAUCCAGAUCGACUGGGUCGGCCCAGUUGCCAGGUCGGCAAGAGGCAACAAGUAUCUCCUCACAGUAACUUGCACAUUCACAAGUGGGGGUGGAGUGCCUGCCCGCAUCCAAUGACACAGCGGAAACCACAGACAUUAUUUUGCUCAACCACGUUUUCAGUCGUUUCGGCCUUCCAAGAGAAACCGUGGACAGCGACAGAGGAACCCAUUUUUUUUGCUGCUGUAAUGACCGAGCUGUGGCGGCUCCUGGGAGUCAAAGCUAAACUCCACAUCGCGUACCACCCUAGGAGCUCCGACAGGGUAGAAAGGAGCAACCAAACAAUCGUCACAAUCUUGAGGAAAUAUGUGGCAGCCAACCACAAAGAUUGGGACCUCAAACUCCCACUGGCAUUGAUGGUGAUCAGAGCCACACGCAACAGGUCUACAGGAAUAACACCAUUUGAGAUGAUGACAGGCCAGCAAAUGACACUUCCACUGCAUCUCCUGUACCAACCGGGAGAUGUCGCUGUGGCCACGGCGUACACGGCCCAUCAAUAUGUGACAGACUUGCGAACCCACCUCCGGACUACCUUUGUGUACGCUCAAGGAAAGUUGGAAAGAAGUGCGGAAGGUGACAAGACCCAUUACGACGAACAGGACUCACACCAGGAAUUUGAGGUCGGGGAUACGGUGUGGUACUACGUACACACCAAACCUGUGUGUGUUGCGAAAAAGUUCCUGCCCCACUGGACAGGGACACAUGAGAUUGUGUUAAAGCUGUCACCUGUUGCUUAUCAAAUCAGAAUCAGCAAAGGUCGACAGAACAUCACGUUCAAGUGGGUUCACAGGAACCAAAUCAAGUUGUAUAUUUUCCCCGUGGGAAUAGAAGGGGUGCAAGCCCCGAAUAGAAGCCUAGCCAAUCAGAGGUACUAACAAAAUUCUUAAAUAUCCUCAGCUGAUCCUUUCCAGGAGGUCAGUACAUUGCACCUAACAUAUUUUCUUCUCUUCCCAGCCGCAAGACACACAUUUCGUUGUCAUUGUUGAUAUUGUCCUGGGUGUGCUGUUCAAAAUAGGAAAAUCAGCUAAAUCUGUUUUCAAAACAUUUUUCUUUCAAACAAAGAAAAAACUCAACAAAACACAACACAACUGAAAUAAUCAAACAAUAUCUCUAAUUAUGCUUUUUUGUAGGAUGGAGUUCCUUUGGAUGAUCCUGACACUCUGCGCCCUGGUCAAAUCAAAUCCACCUGAUAUACUCAUGAGUGGACCCCCUACGGGAAUCGUUCUCCAUGAUGAUCCAGGACUCCUUAUAACCAACUGCAGAGUACACACGCAGAGGGUGUACGUCCGCCUAGAUGCAGAGAAUGUGUACCACCAACACAUUUCCCCUGCUGCACAUAUGAGUUGGGCCGUGGAUGACUGGACCACCCAGGCAGUUAAGCACGCUCAGCUAAACACUGCCCAUGUGUUGGCCCAACUCCAAAAGUUCACAGUCACCCAGUCAGAACUAACAGAGCCCAGGUGA